AUGUCCGCGCUGUCCGCCGGCGCGAUUUCCGCGCCCGCGCGCGUCGCGUCCACCGCGCCGCUGCGCCGCCGCCGCCAAGGUGCGCGUCGGGGCAGGGCCCCGCCCCGCCGCGUCCGUCGGACGGUCCUGUCCCUUUUCCUCUCGCGCUCGAGGCUCGACCCGUCGACGCGACGCCGUCCGAUCGCGCGUCUCGACUCACCCUCGCGCCUCGCCCCUCGUUCUCGCCACCACGGAACAGCCGCGCGCGCGGCGCGCCGCUCCGUCGCCGCGAACGCCUCCUCCGCGUCCUCGGUGCUCAUCGCGGGCGCGACGACGCCCACCGGCCGCCUCGUCGCGAGCCUCGCGGUGCGAACCUUCGGAGGCGACAACGUCACGCUGGUCGUGUCGCAGGACAAGCAAUCCGAUUACUGGCCGGACGACAUGCCUGACGACGUCGUCGAGCAGAGGAUGUUCGCGACCGCGCAGGAGCUCAUCAAAGCCACGCUCGUGGAUCCUCGCGACGCGGGCGACGCGAUGAAGGCGGCCACGAACGUGAUAUUCGCCGCGGAGUGGGGCGCGACGCAGAACGAGCUCGCGGAGGCGCUGCUGGCGCGAGCCGAGGGCGAAAAACUGCGACGCGUCGUGAUGCUCUCGCGCGUCGGCGUCAACCGCCGGGAUAAGGUCCCGUUCGAGAAGCAGAACGAGCCGCCGAAGCAGAUGCAGAAGAACGCGCUCGGGUUGACCCUCCCCACGGGCGGCCCCACCGGUCAGCCCGGGUCGUUGGACGGGUUCGCACUCGCGGAAGCGACGCUCGCGAAGGCUGCGGCGAACGGCGGGUGGACCGCGCACAUCGUUCGCUCGGGCGAACUCAGAGGGAACGGGCCGCUCUUGCUCGCGGACCUCUCCGCGAGGUUGGUGGAUAACUUGUACGACGUGAAGUACCAAGACUUGUACUGGAAGCUCGGGGAUCAAGGUCAGGGGUACACGAAGCGUCUGAACCUCGCGGCGACGUUGUUGCGGGCGGCGACGCGGGCGGAGGCGCCGCCCGCGGACGUCGCCGCGCUGAGCGUCGUGUGCGAGAACAACGAUCCGUUCGGGCUGUUAGGGGAGAAGACGCUCACGGAUCCGACGGACGUGGAGAGGAGGAAGGGGUACGACAUGGCGAAGGGGCGCGCGCCGCCGCCGAUCGCGGACGAGCUCAUCGACCAAGGGCUCGCGAGCGUGUGAGACGUUCGAUGUCUCGGUCGCAGCGCGCGCCCUUCUCGCGUCGUGAUGCGUACUGUAUCGAUUAUUCAUUCGUC